CACAUUAUUUUUCAUCCCUUCUCUUAUAUUCUUCUCUUCUAUUUACCAAUUCAAUUACACGUUAUUUGUUUCCAAUCAUGGCUUUUUUCUCCUCCAAAACACUUGUCCUGACCUGCUCCUUAUGCCUAUUUCUAUCUCUAGCUUUUGGACGCGAUUUCUCCAUCGUGGGCUAUUCAUCGGAGGACUUAAAGUCCAUGGAUAAGCUUAUUGAACUCUUCGAAUCAUGGAUGUCGAGACAUGGUAAGAUUUACGAGACCAUUGAGGAAAAACUACUUAGGUUCGAGGUGUUUAAGGAUAAUCUAAAACACAUUGAUGAUAGAAACAAGAUUGUUAGCAACUAUUGGCUUGGUCUAAAUGAGUUUGCUGAUUUGAGCCACCAAGAGUUCAAGAACAAGUAUCUUGGAUUAAAGGUUGACUUAUCUCAAAGGAGAGAAACCUCAAAUGAAGAGGAAUUCACUUAUAGAGAUGUUGAUUUGCCUAAGUCAGUUGAUUGGAGAAAAAAAGGUGCCGUCACCCCUGUCAAGAAUCAAGGCCAAUGUGGUAGUUGCUGGGCAUUUUCAACGGUUGCGGCGGUUGAAGGAAUAAAUCAAAUUGUAACAGGAAAUUUGACAUCUUUGUCCGAGCAAGAGUUAAUCGAUUGUGACACAACUUAUAACAAUGGUUGCAAUGGAGGUCUAAUGGACUAUGCAUUCUCCUUCAUUGUACAAAAUGGCGGACUCCAUAAAGAGGAAGAUUAUCCUUACAUUAUGGAGGAAAGCACUUGUGAAAUGAAAAAGGAAGAAACCCAAGUUGUCACUAUUAAUGGGUACCAUGAUGUGCCACAAAAUAAUGAACAAAGCUUAUUGAAGGCACUUGCCAAUCAACCCCUUAGUGUGGCCAUUGAGGCUUCAAGCAGAGAUUUUCAAUUUUAUAGCGGAGGUGUGUUUGAUGGGCAUUGUGGAAGUGAUCUAGAUCAUGGUGUGUCAGCCGUUGGAUAUGGUACAUCAAAGAAUUUGGAUUACAUCAUAGUGAAGAAUUCAUGGGGGGCAAAAUGGGGAGAGAAAGGUUUUAUAAGGAUGAAGAGAAACAUUGGAAAGCCUGAAGGGAUUUGUGGACUCUACAAGAUGGCUUCUUAUCCUACUAAGAAGAAAUAAUAAGAUUUAAUUUCCUAUAUUGUUGAUCCAUUGAAUUUCUAAUUUUCGUGUCUUUCAGUAUGAAUUCUCUUUGGAAUUCUAAUUUCCAUAUUUUCCUUUGAAGGAAUGUAAUGUCUUCAAUUCAAUAAUAUUAACUAUUUUCCUAUUUGUAAAA